CUUAUCUCUUUACAGGAGAUAAACGGGCAGGCCCGGACGGGGUCCUAGUGUUCGUGUGUCGAUUAAUCAUGGCGGAUUGGAGAGGAUGUGAAGAAUCUCAGCUGGAAUUGCUGUAAAAAUAAAUAAAUAAUAAUAAACACAAAUAUAAAAAUCAAGAGAGAAAGGGUGUUUUGGUGAACGAAAGCGAUUGCGGGAGGCUAUGCGCCAGGAUUAUGACCAGAACCCUGCUUUCGUCGGCAGUAUUUAAUGUUCAUGAUACAUAAAGAGAAGCCCCAGCCCAUUGCAAGAAUGCCUGUGGUGUGGCCGACUCUCCUUGAUCUCAACAGGGAUGAGUGCAAGAGGAUUCUGCGCAAACUGGAGCUGGAGGCGUAUGCUGGUGUUAUCAGUGCUCUGCGUGCCCAAGGAGAUCUGACCAAGGAAAAGAAGGAUCUCCUGGGAGAACUCAACAAGGUCCUUAGCAUUUCAACUGAGCGCCACCGUGCUGAGGUCCGCAGAGCUGUGAAUGAUGAACGAUUAACUACUAUUGCUUAUCACAUGUCAGGACCUAACAGCUCUUCAGAAUGGUCUAUAGAGGGCCGCAGACUGGUCCCCCUAAUGCCAAGGCUGGUUCCACAGACCGCAUUCACAGUGACAGCUAAUGCCGUGGCCAGCGCAACAGCCCAGCACAACACCUCCCUGCUGCUACCCGCAGAAACAGGCAAUAAAGAAGUUGUUGUUUGUUAUUCGUACACAAGCACAACCUCCACCCCGGUGACAGCCACAGUUCCCAGUGGCAGCGCUGCCCCAGUGAAGUCCCCCAGACCCGCGAGCCCAGCCUCCAAUGUGGUGGUGUUGCCCAGCGGGAGCACUGUCUACGUCAAGAGUGUGAGCUGCUCGGAUGAAGAUGAAAAGCCACGCAAACGGAGACGCACAAAUUCGUCAAGCUCGUCCCCCGUGGUGCUGAAGGAGAUCCCGAAAGCAGCCACGCCCAUUCCCAAAACCAUCACGGUGCCAGUGAGUGGCAGCCCCAAGAUGAGCAACAUCAUGCAGAGCAUCGCCAACUCCCUCCCGCCCCACAUGUCCCCGGUGAAGAUCACCUUCACUAAGCCCUCCACCCAGAGCACCAGCAGCAGCACACAGAAGGUUAUAAUAGUGACCACUUCUCCAAGUUCGACGUUUAUGCCCAACAUUCUGUCGAAGUCACACAACUAUGCGGCCGUCACGAAGCUGGUCUCCACUUCAAUGCUUACAGCGGCUUCCCAGAAGCAGCCCAUAGUCAUUACAGCCUCCCAGUCCUCCCUAGCCACCAGCAGCAGUGGCAGCGCAACACUGUCUCCAGCUCCCACCUGUGUUGCCGUGACAACAGUAAUUUCAUCAUCCCCUUCUGUUGUCAUGUCAACAAUAGCCCAAGGUGCUUCCUCUGCAGCAGUUAAAGUUGCAUCUGCAAGGCUUCCUUCCCCUAAGAGUCUGAUGGGCUCUCCCACGCAGAUCCUUGCCCAGUUUCCUAAACACCAGCACCAGCACUCCCCCAAGCAGCUGGCACAGCCCUCCAUGGGUGCUGUGCAGCAGCAAUGCCAGACUGCCCCGGGCAUCAAGCCCACCAUUCAGAUUAAACAGGAGUCGGGUGAGAAGAUGCAGGACUGGAGGGAUGUGCACAUGUACAGAGGUGUCAAGAUCAUCACACAGCAGAUGCAGCCCAGUAAAAUUCUCCCCAAGCCCUCCACUUCCACCUUGCCCAGCAGCAGCAGCAGCAGCUCUCCCAUCAUGGUUGUCAGCAGCAAUGGCACGAUCAUGACCACCAAGCUCGUCUCCACUCCUACAGGAACACAGGCCACCUACUCCCGCCCGACAGUGACCCCGACUAUCGGGGCUCGCGUGGCUGCGGCCCCUGGAGGGGCCACGUACGUGAAGACAACCAGCGGGAGCAUCAUCACCGUGGUGCCCAAAUCACUGGCCACCCUGGGGGGCAAAAUCAUCAGCAGCAACAUCGUGUCUGGCACGACAACAAAAAUAACCACCAUUCCCAUGACAUCCAAGCCCAAUGUUAUAGUGGUGCAAAAGACCACCGGAAAAGGAACUACCAUUCAAGGGCUCCCUGGCAAAAAUGUUGUGACAACGUUGUUAAAUGCAGGGGGUGAAAAGACGCUUCAGGCAGUCCCAUCGAAACCAGCCAUCAUUACAGCCACCAGACCCAUCACCAAAAUGAUCGUGACGCAGCCCAAGGGAAUGGGAUCGGGAGUGCAGCCAGCCACUAAGAUCAUACCCACCAAAAUAGUGUAUGGACAGCAAGGGAAAACACAGGUGCUGAUCAAGCCCAAGCCCAUGGCGUUCCAGGCGACGGUGGUGAGUGAGCAGACCCGGCAGCUGGUGAGCGAGACCCUGCAGCAGGUCUCCCGGGCCAGCGAGACAGGGGGAGCGGCCAACCAGGAGGGGGCGCUCAAGGAGGAGCUGCAGACCUUUCCAGAGAGCAGCUCAUCCUCAACAGAGUCCUCCCACAGCUCGCAAGACUCUCAACCUGUAGUUCAUGUAAUCACCUCUAGAGGUCAGGAGUGGGCGGAACACGAGGUUUCUGUGGAAUCCAGUCCCACUAUAAUCUACCAGGACGUGCCUGGGGAGUCCCAGUCUGCAACCUCCACUAUAAAGGCCCUGCUGGAGCUCCAGCAGACAACAGUUAAGGAGAAGGGGGAGUGUAAACCAAGGCAGCACACCAUUGAUCUGAGCCAGAUGGCAGUGCCUAUCCAGAUGGCCCAAGAGAAGAGGCAGUCCCCAGAAAGCCCAGUCAUCACUGCUGUGGAAUCUGAUCUCAUCACAGAGUAUAUCACCACGGGCAAAUCUGUGAAGCCUGCCAUGUCCUCAGCCAGCAUCAGCAGUGGUGAGAUAGCUUUGACGUCCCUACUGUCUGCCAGUCAGUCUACGUCAUUACAGAGAGCCCCACAGCAGGCAGCGCCACAGACCCCAGUGAUGGUGAAGUCAAUCCCAGCAUCCUCUGCACUCGCAGUCACCCGCUUCGUGAAACAGGCCGUGACUAGCCAGGUGGUGCACAGCAAGCAAGCUGAGGAUCUAGGAAGGGAGGAGGGGGAGGUCGAGGGAGAUACCUUGGACCCUCAGACAGGCCUGUUCUACAGGUCAGCACAGCAGCUGAAACAAGCGUCCCAGCAGCAAGACACGCCGAAACUCCUGCCUCCCGCCAAGCCAGCUACUGUGCUGAACCAAGGAGCUGCUCAGCAGCCUGCCCUGUACCACCAGCAGCAGCAGCAGCAGCAGCAGCUCAAGCCUGUCCUGCAGCACCACCUGGUGGUGAAAGAGAGGCAGGUGUCCGGAGCCGGGGCCCAGGCCCAGUCCCAGCAGACUGUGGUGCAGGUGAUCGCAGUGAAGCCGCCCCACACCCCACAGCUUCCCAAGCUGCAACAGGCACCGAGCAGCCAGAACCGGCCCAUUCACACCGUGCUCUCCCAGCCACCCCCACUGCAGGCACACCACCCUGUGUCUUCAGAUAAACCCACAAUGAGUCAGGUGCAGCAGCCAAUCAUCACUCAAGGAGCCACUGUAACAAAGAUAACAUUUGGGAGCCACCAGCCUGCCACCAUAUCCAAACCAGCCAGCGGGGAAGCAGCUGCUAAACUGUCCCCCGUCUCCAGCACCAGCCCUGCUCCGUCCUCGGAGAAGUCAUCCGUAUCGGACAUCCUUAAGAUCUCCAUGCUGGAGGCCCAGAUCGACCCCAGCGUGGAGCCCAUGGUGGUGGACUCUUCCAGCGACUGUACCUUCAGCAAAGGGGCUGCUGCUUCUCAAAUAGUGGCAUCAGGUCAGCUGAUCAGCAGCACAGCCAGUCCCGUGGUUCAGUCAAGUCAGUCUAAGCAGCUGCAACAGAGUCUAGGAGGAGCCGGGACCUCCCUCCACGGCCAAUUCACCCGCAUCCAGAACCUGCCUGCACAGAAUAACAAGGAAGUCGACAUAAUACAGGUGAUCCCGCAGUAUUCCAUCACCCCCGACUCGAGUCAGUCCAAUGUGGUUGUGGAACCCAGUGGAUUCCUGGAGAUCACCAGCUUCACCAGCCAGAGCCUGGAGGAGGAGACUGUGAUGGAGCAGGAAGUGGACGGCAGCAACGACCAAGGAAUGGAGGCCAGUCCGUCACAGAGCUCCAUUGACCAGUCGCAGUAGAAGAGGCAUGGCUAACACUGCUGCACAACACAGCGCAACAAGCAGUAAAAUGAAGAGACUGUGUUUCAAAUCCUUCCUCCAGUGAGCGGAGGUCAAGAUGACUGGUUUGCAGAGCCAUGUGAUGCAGCCACGUUCUUAGAGACUGGUUUACAGAGCCACGUGAUGCAGCCACGUUCUUAGACUGCAUGGAACCGUGGUUCUGUGUCAGCGGCUUCUUUUAUAAAGAAGAAAAAACAAACUGAUAAAAGAUAAAAGAAAAAAGGGAAUCUGAAUUAGAGACCAAACAGAACUCUUACCACCUGAUAUUCUGAAAAACAGAACAAACAGACAACGUGCUAGUUUUUAUUGCAACGAACUGUCAUCAUGGUAAAAAAAGAAGUGGUGAAUGGCAUUUUCCCUAGGUGUUUUUUAAUAUUUGUAAAUAGUACGAUUUUAAGUCUUGGUAAAAACAGAAAAAAAAAGAUAAACUUUUUAACAAUGCAAGUCUAGGAUGUUUCUAUGAAGCUUUACGUUCAAGCACAACGUUUUGUGUUUCGUUGCUUACUUUUGCAAAAAGGUGCUGUAUUUCAAAUGCAUCUCUGUGAUACUCGGUAAUUCAUUGCUGAAACCUCCUUCCCCCUGUGUCUGCUUUAUAUGUGUAUAUAUAUAUAUAUAAUGAUUAUUAUGAUGAUGAUGUAACUUUUUAGGGGGAUCCCAGAAUGAAGGUCAGAGGAGUUUUUCAGCCUGUACUGUGCAACACUGUCAUCAGUUCAGUCGCUCUCUCCUUGUGCGCACCUACAGUCGUGUGCAAAUGUAUUAGAACACCAAGAUGUGUCAUUUACAUCCUUUAUAUACCUGCCUGCAGGAAACCCUCUGGGGUGAGAGUUUCAGUUUCCACUCAGUAAUCCGUGAUAUAGAAACAACAGGCACUCGUGUGUGAAAGUGUUAGAUCGCGUUGUGCAUUUAAUUAGGCAUCUUCAACCACUGCAUUUUAUCAUUUGCAGCUGUGUGUUCCUUUUCUCUUACUAUUUUAAAAUAAUUGCAUAUGUGCCCUGUUAAAGUCAUCAGUUCAAUUAGACCAUCACUAAUUUGCGUAUUUUGACACUUUUCCCUUCCAGUGGUUUGAUUUCAUGUGCACAACAAAUCAAAGCUACAGAAGCCGUGGGGAGUUGUGAUAGAUUGGCACGCUGCUGUAUACUGUGGGAUGAAGUUCCUCAUUAAAUCCUGUGGAUGCAGGGUGUGAAUUUUCUUGAGUGCUAUCAAAGCUGUGUAUCAUUGCAAUACUGAUAAAACUCAUGUUUAAAAUUACAUUUUAAACUUUUGGACUCCUUGCUUUGUUAGCUGACAUACAGGUUUUUUUAAUUUAUUCAGUGACGCAUACAAAAUGUAUCAUAAUAACCUCUACUGUAUAUGCAUACAGUAUUUUGGUGCAAAAUUCUUCUUUUUUUAACAUUGUAGUCGGACAUUAAGUGGAAAAGUUGGUCAUUGCUGUCUCACGGUCUGUUCUCAUGUGUUAAAUAUUAUUGUUUAAAUAAUAAUUGAGCUCAAUAAUACAGAGAAAUGCUAGAUUAGACUGGUCUACAUUUUUGGAUUUAUUUUGCACUUUCAGAAAACUGAAUUAUUUGAUACUGUAUUGGAUUUUGAUCUCCCAGGAGAAAGGAGAGGGUUGGGAGUCAAAUCUUCAUACAUACCAGCAUCAGCGAAAUCCUAUUAAGUAUUAAACAUUUUUAAUUUUAAAGCAUUGGUACUUUGUUAUCGAUAGCAGUGUGGUGCAGUGAUAGUGCUGGUAAACACGCACACACACACACACAUAUUAUAUAUAUAUAUAUAUAUAUAUAUAUAUAUAUAUAUAUAUAUAUAUAUAUAUAUAUGUGUAUAUUUUUAUUUUUGUUUAUAAGAUUGACCUAUGUUAUGUUUUAUUUUGUUUAGUAGAAUUCAAAUAAAUUCUUAUUAUUUCAGAGAAUUUCAAA